CGCGGUGGGCGGAGCCACCGCCCCCGGCCCCGGCAGUGCUCUCCCGGUGCGGCGGGACUCGCGGACUGCUCAGCGCGGCCAUGCGGGGCCCGGGCCCGAGCCGGAGCCCCGGAGCGGUGCGGCUACCCCGGCGGAGGCGGCGGGCGCGGGGCGCGCUCUGAGGCCGGGGGAUGCGCCGCCGCCGCCGCGACCAUGGGCGCCGCCGCCUCCCGGAGGAGGGCGCUGAGGAGCGAGGCCAUGUCCUCGGUGGCGGCCAAAGUGCGAGCAGCCCGAGCAUUUGGCGAGUACCUGUCCCAGAGUCACCCUGAGAAUCGGAACGGUGCAGACCACCUGCUGGCUGAUGCCUACUCUGGCCACGACGGGUCCCCCGAGAUGCAGCCAGCCCCCCAGAACAAGCGUCGCCUCUCCCUCGUCUCCAAUGGCCGCUACGAGGGCAGCCUCUCAGAGGAGGCUGUCGGCGGGAAGCCAGCCUGUGAGGGCCCCCAGCCCCGUGUGUACACCAUCUCCGGGGAGCCAGCCCUGCUGCCCAGCCCAGAGGCCGAGGCCAUUGAGCUGGCCGUGGUGAAGGGGCGGCGGCAGCGGGAACGGCACCCCCACCACCACAGUCAGCCCCUGCGUGCCAGCCCGGGGGGCAGCCGUGAGGACGUCAGCAGGCCCUGCCAGAGCUGGGCAGGCAGCCGCCAGGGCUCCAAGGAAUGUCCGGGAUGCGCCCAGCUGGCCCCUGGUCCCAGCCCCUCCCCUCGGGCCUUUGGGCUGGACCAGCCACCUCUGCCUGAGGCCACGAGCCGCCGCAAGAAGCUGGAGAGGAUGUACAGUGUUGACCGUGUGUCUGAUGACACCCCCAUCCGUACCUGGUUCCCCAAGGAAAACCUCUUCAGUUUCCAGACAGCAACCACAACUAUGCAAGCCAUCUCUGCUGACUCGUGGUGGUUUCCCAGGGUGUUCAGGGGCUACGCGGAGAGGAAGCGCCGGAAACGGGAGAAUGAUUCCGCGUCUGUAAUCCAGAGGAACUUCCGCAAACACCUGCGCAUGGUCGGCAGCCGGAGGGUGAAGGCCCAGACGUUCGCCGAGCGGCGCGAGCGGAGCUUCAGCCGGUCCUGGAGCGACCCCACCCCCAUGAAAGCCGACACUUCCCACGACUCCCGAGACAGUAGUGACCUGCAGAGCUCACACUGCACCCUGGGCGAGGCCUUCGAGGAUCUGGACUGGGAGACCGAGAAGGGGCUGGAGGCAGUGGCCUGCGACACCGUGGGCUUUGUGCCCCCCAAGGUCAUGCUCAUCUCCUCCAAGGUGCCCAAAGCUGAGUACAUCCCGACUAUCAUCCGCAGGGACGACCCGUCCAUCAUCCCCAUUCUCUAUGAUCACGAGCACGCGACUUUUGAGGACAUUCUGGAGGAAAUAGAGAAAAAGCUGAACAUCUACCACAAGGGGGCCAAGAUCUGGAAGAUGCUGAUUUUUUGCCAGGGCGGCCCAGGACACCUGUACCUGCUCAAGAACAAGGUGGCCACCUUUGCCAAAGUGGAGAAAGAGGAGGACAUGAUCCACUUCUGGAAGCGCUUGAGCCGCUUGAUGAGCAAAGUGAACCCAGAGCCGAACGUCAUCCACAUCAUGGGCUGCUACAUUCUGGGGAACCCCAACGGGGAGAAGCUCCUCAGAAGCUCCCUGUGCUUGAACCCAGUCAGUGAUGGGGGGUUCCUGCUACCCCCCGAACCCCCCCACCCCCUCCCUUCCCCUGCCCUGAACUCACGGCCCCGCCCUGCCCUUUCAGCUGUUCCAGAACCUCAGGACCCUCAUGACCCCUUACAGGGUCACCUUUGAGUCCCCGCUGGAGCUGUCGGCCCAAGGGAAGCAGAUGAUUGAGACCUAUUUUGACUUCCGGCUGUACCGCCUGUGGAAAAGCCGUCAGCACUCGAAGCUGCUGGACUUUGAGGAUGUUCUCUGAGGGCCGUGCCACCCAGCUGCUUCCGUGGACCAGCGGCUAGGGCUGGGCCGCUUGUGUGUGGCCCAGGACCGCGUGGUCCCAGUCUUCACAGCCGCUUCAGGGCACCCUCAGGUGUUGCUCAGGUUCCCUCCUGGGGGUCUGGCCCUCACUGCACCCCAGGCCACUGAGGUCGUAGCCCCUGUGGCCCGGGACGAGCCUCACCCCCGCGUGGCCAGGGGGUGCUCGGCGGCCUGGCGCUGAUGGGGCCUAGGCCCUGCCCAGAGGCUGCAGCACUGGGGAGGCUCCUUUCUGCGGGUUCCUAGAAAUAAGUGCAAUUUUCAUAGCCCCGAAACAGUUCAAAGGGAAGCAGCAUUAUUAGUUGAAUAGUUAAGUGCUAUGUUACCAGUUACGGUGUAGACAACCCAGCCCAGUGUGUGUUCAGGAUCUUCUCUGCCCCCAGCCCCCCAGCCCUGCCCUAUUUGAUCACCAGCACCAGGGCGGCCUGUCUGUGGGGCAGUGUUGCCCGGCUGUCCGGCCUGGCUCUGGCCCUGGCCGAGGCCCUGAUGGUCUGCGCUUGUACCUUCUUGCCACCCCUGCUUCCUCUGACCUCAGCCUCACCGGCCCAGCAGGGGUGUCUGGGCAGCCGUGGAGGGGACAUGCCUCCCCUUCUCUCAGGAGGCUCUGGGUUGAGCAGGGCCCUGCCCGCUCCCCGUCCUCCAGCAGCCGCUCAGCCCCCUGAUGCUGCAGUGCAGUUCAGCUUUUGCCAGCCUUGGUCUGGAGUCCUCUCCCAGUGCAAAGGGUACAGCAGGGGCAGGCCGGGCCUGGGCCCCGGUGGGUGGGAACCCCGCCGCACACAGCAGUGGGUGCCUGGACCUCACGGCAGCGCUGAGCAGUGGUGGACUCUAGGGCCCAGUGGGGCUGGUUCUUGUACAUAGCUGGGGCUCGGGGGCAGGCCCCCUUCUGCAGAGCCUGGGAGUGAGGACACCCUGGCUCUGCCCUCAGCUAAGGGAGGAGCAGGGGCAUGUGCUGGGCUCUGAAUGAUGUACGAUAUCCCUUAGAGUGACCAUUAAACCUGACCCUCCGCUGCG